UUAGUACGUUGUUUUCAAUGAAGUCUCCGUUCUUGUCAUUGUUCUUUGCUUUUGACAAUUUUGAUUUAAUGUUUUUACAUCGCACGUGCGAUCUUGGCACGACAUUGUUUACAAAUUCAAACCGCAAGUCGUUUAUUGCCAAAGUUAAGGGAAUAUAUAAAAUUUUAGUGUUUUAAAAGACAUUAAUAUUUUUACAGAAGUUUAGUAGUAAUAUAAUGUUUUAAACAUGUUUGUUAACGAAGUGAAUGAUGUAAAAAUUUAUAAUUUAAGCGCGGGCAAAUCUGUGCCUGAUUGGCUAACAGAUCGUCGCAAACGGAGUCAGUUAAUGAAAAAGGUUGACUCACGUCGGCAAAUUGAGUUGAUACAAGAUUUUGAUAUGCCCGUUGUUUGUACGUCGAUUCGCAUGAGCCCAGAUCAACAGCACAUUCUGGCCACAGGCACUUAUAAACCACGUGUGAAAUGUUUUGAAGUCUGCAAUUUAUCCAUAAAAUUUGAACGUUGCUUUGACUCUGAAGUAGUCACAUUUGAAUCCAUUAACGAAGACUACAGCAAACUGAUUUUUUUGCAAUGCGAUCGGUUUAUUGAAAUUCACUCUGCUUCUGGUCGACAUUUUCGUAUACGUAUUCCCAGAUUUGGACGUGAUAUGAAGUACCAUAAACCUAGCUGUGAUUUGUACAUAGUGGGCACUACAAGAGAUAUUUAUCGUUUGAAUUUGGAACGUGGCCAGUUUCUGCAACCAUUUGAAACAGAAGCUAGCUGUUUAAAUGCUUGCGAAGUGAAUCCUGAACAUCAUUUACUAGUUGUUGGUUCAAAGGAAGGUACUGUCGAAGCUUGGGAUCCACGUACUAAAGCGCGUUGUGCCACUUUGGACGUUGCAAUUAAGUUAAGUGCAUCAAAAACGUUCCCUUCAAUAUCUGCUAUAAGUUUUAAGAAUGCGUUGCAAAUGGGUGUAGGUACGGCUUCAGGCCAUGUACUAUUGUAUGAUAUACGUUCGAAGGAACCACUUUUAAUAAAAGAUCAUUUAAAUAAAUUACCUAUAAAACGUAUUGCUUUUAAUCCCAAUCAUCAGACAGUUUAUACAUUGGACAGUGCUAUGCUAAAGUUAUGGGAUGAGACUACGGGGAAACCCACCGCUUAUAUUGAGUCAACGUCAGAGUUCAAUGAUUUUUGUACAAUACCAAGUACUGGCAUGUUUUUCCUUGCACAGGAAGAUGUUAAAAUGUUGACUUAUUAUGUGCCUGCAAUGGGUCCAGCACCGCGUUGGUGUUCAUUCUUGGACAAUUUAACAGAAGAAAUUGAGUCUGAGGUUGUGGAGAACUUGUAUGACGAUUAUCAAUUUAUCACACAAAAAGAAUUGGAGGAACUGGGUUUGGAACAUCUUAUUGGCACGAACCUGCUAAAAGCCUAUAUGCAUGGAUACUUUAUCGAUGUGCGAUUGUAUAAUCGUGCUAAAGCAGUUGUGGAACCGUUUGCAUUUGAUCGUUUCCGUAAAGAAAAAAUACGUCAAGAAAUAGAAAAUGAACGCAAGUCACGUUUACAAAUACAAAGUAAACUACCAAAGGUCAAUCAAGAAUUGGCCCUUAAACUUAUAGAUGAACAAUCGAAAACCAAAACAGGCACAGUUAAAAAAGCAAAACAAACACCGAACUUACUCGAGGAUACGCGUUUCAAGGCCAUGUUUGAGAAUACCGACUUUGCUAUUAAUAAAAACGCUGAAGAGUAUAAAAUGUUGGCACCUGUGCUGAAUCGUUUGGAUAAAUCAAAACUAAAAGAACUGAAAAAACGUAUUGAAGUAGCACCUGCUGCAGAUUUGCAGGCUGAUGAAGCAAAAGCACACGAGGAUAGUGAUAACGAUGAGGAUCUCUUUGGUUUAGAUAGUUUUAAUAAUGAAAGAGAUUCAAGCGAUGAGGAUGCAUCAUCCGAUGAAGAAUAUAACAAAGAAUUUGCUAAAGAUAUGAAAAAGGCGUAUAAAGAUGUUAAAAAACAACGUGCAGCUGAGGCUGAGGUGGAAGAAGAACUGAAUGCAGUUAAUGCAAUGGAAACUGAAACAAAUGGCACAGUUUCCACAAGAAUGCCACAUAUAAAUGAGACUAAAAAGUCUAUCAAGAUGAUACCGCUUAGUAAUAAAUUCGAAGUGAAUGCUGAUCGUUUGCAGAGAAAAGCUAUGAAAAUAAGCUUAGGAGAACGAGUGCGUAGGGUACAAGAACUUAACUCAAAUAUAACUGAUGUGGGCAGUUCAUUUGGGAACCGGCAAAUGGCUUUUGAAACCAAAAAAGUUAACAGAGAUCAAAAGAAACGUGAACUUCAAAUGAAAAAACAUCACGAAGAACGUAAGAAACUUGUACGUCCAAUUCAAUCAUUGAAAUUAAAGAAAGUUAAUUUUAAGUAAGACAGACAAUUAAAUUGUUA